GAGACAUCCGAACAAGAACAUCAUCACCACACCAUGUUUACUGGCAUCGUUGAGAUCAUCGGCACUGUCUCCGCACUGAAGUCCCUGGAUGAGUCGUCCAGCGGCGGCGGCGGCACAUCGUUGACGAUCAGCGACUGCGCGGAAAUCCUCGGAGAUGCCCACCUCGGAGACAGCAUCAGUGUCAAUGGAACCUGCUUGACGGUCACGGAGUUCAGUAAGAAUGAAUUUAAAGUGGGCGUCGCGCCGGAGACCCUUCGACGGACGAACUUGGGCUCUCUGCAACAAGGAAGCCACGUCAACCUCGAGCGAGCUGUGAGUGCGAGCACGCGGAUGGGCGGUCACUUUGUGCAAGGUCAUGUCGAUACUGUGGCGACCAUCCUCGAGACCCGGCAGGACGGCAAUGCCAUUACAUUCCGCUUGCAACCUCGUAAUCGUGACGUAUUGCGAUAUAUCGUGGAGAAAGGUUAUGUCACACUCGAUGGUGCUUCACUCACUAUCACGGCUGUGAACGACGGUGAAGGCUGGUGGGAAGUCAUGCUCAUCGCAUACACGCAAGAGAAGGUCGUCAUGGGCAAGAAGCGACAGGGUGAAGAUGUCAACGUCGAAGUUGACAUGGUCGGGAAAUAUGUGGAGAAGAGCGUCGCGGCAUACUUCGAAGGCAACUCGGGCGACGGAGGAGCGAUGCUGCAGAAAAUGGUGCAAAGAUUGGUCGAUGAGCGGCUGAAAUCCCCCUCCUCGGCUUGAGAAUAGGUUCAAGGGAUUGCCUUUGUUCGCAAUCUUAUGAUAACACCUUUGACGAUAUCCCUGUCUUUGCUGCUCACCUGCACGCAGUCGUAGUGACGCUUGAAGUCAGUAGUGUACAUCAACGAUAUCAUACAAGUUCUAAAGUAGUUGUACAUCCGCUAUGGGGGCGUCGAAUGCGAAUUCCAUCUCCCAUGACGAUA